AUGAAGCCUUUAUGGCUACUGCUUCUUCUGCUACCGUGGGUGACUUCUGAAGAAUGGGACGCCUCCAAUUACCCAAACCCGACCACAAACGGCUUCAGAACAUGCAAGAUGAAGGCCAGAGCUCAGAUUUGUGAUCCAGAUGGUAUCCUGUCGGAACAGGAACGCUACCGACUGAAUCACGAAUUGUCACAACUAGAAGCCAAGACACGACAAGACUAUGCCCACAACUUUUGUGAGAAGAAGGGAAUCUCCGCGGCCAUCGCUUUGGCCCGGCAUGUCAGAGGAGGUUCAGAUGCUGUAAGUUUGUAUUGUCAACUAAAUUUAUCAAUAAUAUUCGAAAAUACAUAAAUGUACCUACGAAUCAUAUAUUCUACUUCAUAGAAGUAGCGACUGGUCAAGUUAGCCAAGUCGACUUAAAGUUUUGCAAUUUCCUUUAACGUAACCUAUUUUAGCACGUUCGAGCAAUGGCAAACGAACUACGAAACAUCUGGACCCUUGACCAGCAAUGUCUCAAGAGUAUGGUCAUCGUACUCUCAGUAGACGACCGAAAGUUCUGGGUCGCCAGAGAUGACAGAAUCCCGGUUUAUGCAAAUGAAUUCACCGAAAUCUUUAAUUUACAGGUAUUACAUCUUAACAUAUUUAGAGUAAAACCUGUUUCGUAUAUACACAAUAUACGAACAAAAUUUAAAUAUGAAAAUUACGUUAUUUUCAGAAGCCCUUGUUCCAACAAAAGAAGUACCAACAAGCCUUGGCCAACAUUCUGCACGAGACUUUGAUGCGGACUAGCGAGAAACAAGGACAACUUCCGUCCGGUCCCUCUCAGCCGGCUGACGGUGGUCGUAAAGGACCAAUUGGAGGCGGAGGAUUCCCAAUGAAGAUACCAUCCAUCCCUACCUGGGUCAUCCUGGCCAUUGUCUUUGUUGUCAUACCAACCUUGAUCUGUUGCUGCGUAUGUUAUUGUUGUUGUUGUAGAGGUAAAGGUGAUCGACAACCAGUACCAGCUGAUGCUGAAGGCGGCGGAGUCCCUCAGCAAGGUGAUGGAGGAGGUGAGUCGUUUUCUAACAAAACAACUGAAAUAUAUAACCUUAAAGCUAAGUAGUUCAUAACUAAACAAGUCCGUUUAGGUGGUAUGAGGACCUUCUUCCAAUCCAUGGCCGGGUCAUACUUGGUGAAUGCGAUCAUGAACUGUGUUCGAAACCAAGGUCAACGUCGUUCAGCAGCUCCAGGAGGUGGUGGGCCAUAUCCUGGCUACCAGCCGGGAGCACCACAGGCAAAAGAAGGUCAAGGAUUAUAUCCUAGCCAAGCAGUUAAAGACGAAGGAGGUGGUGGAGGAUGGUAA